UCAGUGGAGUAGAACAUACAGGUGGACUCGUGAACAAACGUUUUGAUGCAGUCUACUUUUUGUUUUUUUUUAAAGCUUGAAUGUUUUAUUUUUAUAUUUAAUUUGAAAUGAACCAUGUGGAUAUGCCUGGAAUGGAUAUGCACGGUAUGGAUACGACCACUCAGAGUGUAUCCAGUAACACAAGCACACCUCCAGACAUGUCCGGCAUGGAUGCGUCUAAUAAGGAUACACAAGGCAAUGAUGCCAUGAACAUGAUGAUGAGUUAUUACCAUGUUGGUUAUAAGGAAUUCAUUUUGUUCUAUGAGUUACGUACCCUAUCAGCUGGUGCCAUGGUCGGCGCCUGUUUCAUCAUUUUCGCUGUAGCCAUUUUGUACGAGGGCAUCAAGUUUCUGCGGGACUAUCUCCAACAACGCCUUGAUCCCGAUCGCCAUGUUGGCGUCAUCAACAGUAACUAUGACAACCCGUUUGUGGGAAGCAGCUCAGACAAGUUGUCCAAACGUGCCCCACGGAUAUCAGCUAAACGUGCCAUUUUGAGUGGUAGCCACUUCCUGCAGACGAUCCUUCACGUGCUGCAAGUCUUCAUCUCGUAUUGUCUCAUGCUGAUCGUCAUGACCUUCAACGUAUGGCUGAUUAUAGCUGUCAUAGCUGGGGCUGGAGUCGGUUACUUUCUCUUUGGUUGGAUGAAACAUUCAACACCAGAAGAUGAACAUAAUCAUUAGCACAUCCUUUAUGUUGACACAGCUAGACUCACUUCUUGUUUCCCGCCAAAUUUUAACACCGAAGACUUGAAUGGGAGAGCACUGAUAAAUGCUUACGCUUCUGAAGACUUUUAGUAACUUUUGAAACAGUAUUCUGUAGUAGUGUAGUUAUUUCAUUACAAUAAGAUCGAGAUUCAUUCGCUUUUUAAAGUUUUUGGUGCCUGAGAUAAUUAACUGUAGCCUACCUGCAACUGCAACCAACGUUUAGCUUAGUAUCAUGUUUCUUUCAUUUUUGUUUCUUCAGAAAUAUUAUUACAUCAUAACUCAGGCCUCCUGCAUGACGGCAGGAGAUACUGACGGGUAGUGCCCGAACUCUGGACCGUAGUGAGGACAGCUUGAAGCGCAUACCGGUACCACAUGAUUAAACAAAACAGCAGAAGUCUAUCUGUGAUUAGCACUUAUGAAUUUGGGGUAAACAAAGUUUAUUUUGUUAUCUCAGUGACAUGCGAAGUCUCGCGUCGUUUCUAUCUAGGUUUAACGUGUGAAUAUUCGAGCCACAUGUUGAAUGUGUGGCAAGUAUGCAUUUAAACAUGUCAGGCUUGGUUUAAAAAAAUGUGUUUUGGCCAGACGUUUACUCGGGGUUGGAUAAUGGAAUAAAUUACACUUCCGUAUUUUGUAAACAUUUCACUUUUAAUCAUCCGUCUUAAUUUUCAUGCAACACAGUUUAUGUAAGCUUAUAAAAAUCAAAAUAGAAAAAGGAAGAGAUUAAAUAGAUAAUUCCUUCUCUAUCAAACAUUGACAGUGGGGGUGUCAGCGGUUCCUUAAAGAACGGUGUGUGGAUUGUCACGAUUGUGGCAGGGCUGUUCUGGCUUUAUUACAUCCUCCCAAGUGCAAUGAGGUCUAUUCUAUUGGCAUCUCAACAGAGGUUUUCUUUUUUGCUUCACUACUGGCCUAUUCGUCUCCUCUCACGAACGCAUCCAUACAAGCGCCAUGCUGUAUGAAAAUUGUAAUAACAAUUAUAUUGUUUGUUUUUUUUGUUCACAUAAGAAGUUUGUUCAAGUUAUUUAAAGCCUAUUUAGUAAAAAAUAUAAAACGCCUUUAUUGGUUCAGUUGUACUAGCUGUUUGUAGCGACAAGUCAACGACCAUCUAACAACAAGGAGAGGGGGCUGCGAAAACAUGUUUUAUUUUCAGUGUAAUUUAUUUGAGUAUUAGUAAAAUUACAUGUUCAAAAAUUAAAAUCUCUUAAGUUGGAGACGGCGUUUUAUCUUCUAAUAAGAUCGUUUUAAAUGUUGACCGGUUUUGCGAGGCGCUUGUGCAACAAUAUGGGUCAAAACGUUUCAAGAAAACAUUUUAAAACGUCUCCGCUAGUGCGAUUCUUCUGGAUUUUUUUUUUGGUCUCAGAAUAGUCGAAUUUCUUCCGCCUAUUGCACUUUAUAAUAGUGACGACUUUUGUGUGACAAAAAACCUCACGCCCAUUACAGACGUACAUGCGCAAUAUGUCGGCCUACCUAGAAUGUAGCUCGCAUAAUACUGUUGGUCAGGGCUGCCUCUUUAUUAUUUAAUAUGGCCCUCGACUUUUUUUUAUUAGGAUGAAUAGUGCGUUCUGAAAGAAAACACAUUAAUAUUAGCCUUUUAAAAAUGAUCUCUUCUUACUAAGAGAAAAAGGCCAGAAUACGCUUAGCGUCGAGUCCCGCCCGGAAUUAAACCCUUUGCCGACUUGAGCGAAAACCUGCCGCAUCUUCGACUCUAUCUCCAUGAAGAAACUUUUACAACGCUUACAAUUUAUGUAGGCAACAUUAUUUUGGAAAAAAAAACAACUGACCAUAGACAUAUAUAUAGGUUUGUGAAACUGACUCAUUUUAGUGAAAUUUCAUUACAUAAAUUUGGAUUCUUUACAUAGUGUUGAAAAUAUAAAUGAUAAACAAAACCUAAAAAGUGUGUUAUAAUUAAAACAUAGUUUCCUUUCUUUUUCAUUACAUUCUUUACAAAAAAUGGUAAGUUAAAAUAAAAAAUAAAACAUCUUAGAGGGAAUGGGGAUACGACAACGAUGCGAAUAUGAAAAGAAAAAGGAAUGGUACAAAAAUGGAUUUAAAUCAAAGAGCGCAUUAGUUACAGUGUCCAGCUCAGUCUUAAUGGAUUUUUUUUCUAAAAUAAAAAGGAGGGGGGCGACAUUUUUUAACUUCGCACGCAGGCGGCCACAACCCUCGCAGCGGCCCUGCACACACACAUACACAACUAAUAACUAUUUUCUCAUAUUCUCGCAUAUAAUACGAGUACUUAUUUGUGUAAAACAAAAGUUCCCAUUUCAGACCCUGAGAUCUAUAAUAAAGGUCAUCUGUUUCACCCACGUUUAACGAGGGUGUCAUGUGACCAGCACAACAACCAACCGCCUUAAUUUACUUUUCCCCGACUAAUGUCAGAUAGGCCUACUCAUUUCUGAGCGGCCCAAGGAUUGCGACAUUUAAAAUCCCAGUCUACACCAGGAUUCGAACCGUGGACAAACAGUUCAGAAGCCAAAUGCUUUACCACAACGCCUCCACUUAUUUGUGCGGGUAAUAGAAAAUAUCAUGCUAUUCGCGUCUGAUACAAUUCUUAUUGUGGUCCACUGGUAGCCUAGCGCUAAUAUAUAUGAUAUGAUAUAACCACAAUAAGAAUUGUAACAGAUGCGAAAAGCAUAUUUACUAUUACCUUUGUGCAUGUCAAAUUAUGGCGCCGCUGUUGCUGUAACUUUGACGCGUUGGUGUAAUUCUUUUUUUUUCUUUUUCAUUGUUAACCUACUUUCCAUCAUGCCAGUGCUGUAAACCCCACCAAUUGAUUUUCAGUAGGUCAAAGUUGCUUACGCUGUGAAUAUUAGUUAAAAAUAGCACCUAUACUUAAUUUCUUCCUUUAAAGUAUUGAAACACAAGUCAUUAAAACUUUCUAAAUCUAAAUUCAAAAGACUUUUUUUUUGUCUCCUUACUUAUCUGACAUCGCCAGAGGCAGAAAGGCUCUUUAAGUUUAGUAGAUUUGUUGUAAUGCUCAGUAAUUUCAUUUAUGUAUCAUCUCAUUUUAUUAAAUCAAUAACUUCACUUUCUGAUUCCCAAAAGCCUUGACCCACAGACUAGAUCUGGCAGACGGGAGAGCCAGAAGUGUGAUUGUGGAGUAGGGUGCAGUUCAUCAAGACUGACUAUUGUUUUGUUUUGUGGUGUUUUCACUUUAAUCUUGUAGAUAGAAAGUUACUGUAGAUUUGAUUUUAUGAUUCUCGUGGUUACUGUCUUGGUACAAAAUGUAACCAUAAGAUUGUUGAAAAAAAAAAAAAGGAUGAUCCACGCACUGUCAUAAAAAUGUAUUCCUCUUUUGCUCAGUGGAAUUUGUUACCUCAAACCUAUGACUAUGUUGUUAAACCUAUGACUAUGUUGUUGAGUUAUUCUCCCCAGACCUAUGUUGUAGAGCUAUCCAAAACCUAUGCACAUAUAUUUUUAUCUCUGAUUAUUCUAACAGAAAACCCCUUAAAAUAAAGCCUCACACA